AUGUAUGUAGUUAUCAAUAGCAAUUAUUUACAUACAACACAUUUUUCUCUAUUUAGACAUAUAAAAAUUCUUAAUAUUAUACAAUUUCGUACACGUUCUGGUCAAUAUUAUGCAGGUGCUACAAGUGGUACAAUUCCUACUCGUCGUGUUCUUCAAUACAUACACCAACAAUUAAUAAUUGUUAAUGUUAAUUAUGUUAUUGGUGGUUAUUUUCAAUUAGAUGGUCUUACUGAUUUACUUGAUGGUGGUCUUACAUCAGAUGGUGGUAUUAGUCCUAGUGAUAUUAAUUACAUAUCAGGUGGUGAUACUGUUCUUACUGGUGUUAAUUAUGUAUUAGAUGGUGUUAUCGGUUUAGUUGUUGGUGAUUUUGAAUUAGAUGGUCUCAUUAUUAAUUUUUUUCAAUUUUUCUUAUUGUCUCAUUCGUAUUGUACUAAAUCAAUAGUACAACAGUCAUUAUGA